GGUGGAAGAGUAAAACUCUCAGACGUUUUCCGAUCUCUAACAGUUUCGAACUCGUCCUCGCCAACGUGUGAACUUGUCAGGCCGCAGCACCGACGCGUCUUCGCCAUUGUCUUCCCUGCUUUCUGGUUGUUUAAUACGGGGGAACCAGCGCCGCGAUUAAAACCGUUCCUCUCGCGUUUUCACCGAAUAACAAACUCGCCGGCACGGUGUGCUUUCCCAUCGGGAAAUAUUCGAAUUUCUUCUCCGCGGUGAGAAUACUUUCAGGCUUUCGAGUUUCCGCAUUUCAUUUUCCUGCGGGAAGAUUUUCAAACGUUCCGCACGACGACCCUGGAUAAAAAAAAAUUAAAGAACGAAACGGGAACCACAGUGCGACCGGAAGUUUCAGAGAGAUCAUUUGGAAAAAAAACGUUUGAGAAACGGAAAAAGAAGAGCAGUGAGAGUUCGAUGGUCCUGUAGUGAAGUUUAUAGAAGCAGCAAGAGGUGUUCGAUCGGGUAUCGAUCCGGUUUCGGGACCAAUGUUCGUGACAAUGAGACGGAAGAACAUCCUCAGUUUCUUUUGGGUUGCACUGAUUCUGGGGUUCGAUGAUGUCGUCGCUGAUGCUGACCCGGCGAUCCUAGCGGGAAGUGAUUUAGCUAAUUUUCAACAGAGUCGGCCAUCCCUCGACCCGCGGCCGCGUCUCUCGGCGUCGCAGCAGGCCCAAAUCCUGAGCGACGUGCAGCAACACCAGCAACGCUAUCGUCGGCCUCAACAGGAAGUCCCUGCCAGUUACUCGGCUCUCUCCAAAUAUAAAGUGGACCGCGCGAAGCAGCAGCAGAUCCAACAGCUGCUCCAACAACAGCAACAGGUGCAGCAGCUGAUACAGCAACAGCAGCUGAAGAUAACGCAGCAGCUGAACAACGCCAAUUACCUUGGAAACUCGCAGCCGCAGUUUCCGUCUCAAUCGAACAAACAGUUCCAGCAACAAUUCUCAGGCGGUCAGUUCACAGAAAGCAACAAGCAAUUCCAGAAUCUCCAGCAGGACCUGUCUCAGCCGCUGUUCAGCGACCAACAAACAGUUCAACUGCAGGAGUAUCUGGAGAAGCAACGAGAACUGGAGUUGUUGCAGAAGCAGAGACAGCAACUGUUGCUGGAACAACAGGAGCUAAGGAAGCAACAGGAGCUUCUGAGGAUUCAGCAGCUUCAGAAGCUGACGUCGACGACUCCGGCACCAGUUCCCCUGACAUCCCCUAGCACGAUCUCCAUCAGCACCACCGCGUCUCCAGUUCUGGUGUCCUUGCCAACCGCGAGGAAGAUCACGCCAUCCGAGACAGAACUGUUUCUCAAAGCUAUCGCAACCCAUCAGAAGAAGUUCUCCACGACGACGCCCAUACCAACUUCUCUGAUAACCACCACCAAGGCGCCGUUCGUCGCAACCGUCGCUCCUAGGACUCAAUCGACGAAAGUGUCGUCGUCCAGCAUCCCGGAGAAUCUCUUGAGCCUGAUUCAAGAGCAAGAAAGCCAGCUGGUCCAGCAAGGGAAGCCUAAGCCUCAGAUCAAGGUUAUCUAUCAGACCGAGAAACCAGCGACGGAGAAGCCUGCGAGCACGAGGAGCAGAUCUUAUUUAGGUACGGAGAGAGAAGGCCUGCUGAAGCAGCUGAAGCUGGCACUAGCUCAAUCCGUGGACGACGACGCGCGAAAUGUCAGCACGAGGGACAUCGUGCUUCCGAACGGGAAGAAGAUUCAGCUGAUCGACGCACCCGCUGGCCUCUCUACAGCCGUCUCGUCUCAAGCUACUACCUUGUCGUCGACCUUGGCUACUUCGACGACCACCAUCAAGCCCCCGAAAGCUAUUCUCGAGGAGCUGACGAAGGGCGUGCUUCCACCCGGCGCUGAUUUCGAAGUGAUCAGGCAGAAGAGCGACGGGAAGUUGGAGGAGAUCGGGAAGGCGCCGAUUCAGAGUCUACCGGCUAAGAAGGUCACCUUCGUGGUGUUGGAGGAACAACCGGAUGGCAGCUAUAAAGUCCAGGGUGUGAAAGGGAACGCCGAGAAAGAGGGAAGUGACGUCGACUCGAUCGUGGAGAAGAUAAAGAAAGGUGAAUUGAAGUUGCCACCGAGCUCCGUGAAUCCAGUUACGCCUAGUCAAAGUCUUAGAUCGACACUGGAUGAUCUGCCUCCAACCAGGCAAAGUACCGUCACGCAUUAUAGCACCGGCUCUACGACUUUUCGACCGACCACCGUCAGGUCAACAUCUGUUUCGUCGAGAUACACGGAGAGGCCGACGGAAUACUUCCCGCAAGUGACCAUUUCCCCGAACUCGGUGUCCACGACCGACAAGUACCUGUCGUCAGCGUCGAGCGUCACCGGCCACGUGUUCAACUCUCUCAGCCCGGUGACAACCCCGAGAUUGUCAACGGUGGACCAAGAGGGCCGCGUGACAGCGAAACAUCCGACCGUGACAAGAAGCCACUUUAUCCCAACCAUGGCUCCGGUCAAUGAGAUCAUUACAACAACACCGUCCGCGGCGCAGACGACUUUCCCGCAUCAUUCGACCAAUUCUUACAUUCACUUCACCGUUAGGCCAUCCAGUGAAACCUCUCCGACGACGAAGCCGAUUUCUACUACCGGUAGACCGGUGACCACCUUACAUAAUGAAAAUAUCAUUUACCAAGAGGGCUUCGAAAGGUCCACGCCGUCCCCCCCGACGGAAUACCCAUCCACGCAGAGCCAGUCGCAGGAAAGUUUGACCACGCUGCUGAAGCGGGAAGGGCUGUUCGCGAUGACUAAAUAUCUGAGGCAGUCAGGGCUCGACACCGUGUUGAACGAAACAGGACCGUACACGAUAUUCGUGCCGACAGACAAAGCCUUCAGGACACUAUUGGUUCAACUUGGCGGCCCAGAGAAAGCAGAACAGAAAUUCCGGGAUAAUCCACGACUUCUCAGUGGCCUCCUUCUGCAUCAUGUAAUACCAGGAGGUUUUAGGAUCGGCACUUUGCAAGACGAAAUGACUGGCGUCAGUUUAGCUGGAACACAGCUCAGGGUGAACGAAUAUGCGAUGCAUGAUCACGAAUGGAACGACGUAAAGUUAACGACGAUAAAUGGAGCGAAAGUGGCGCCAAAUAAACGUGACAUCGAAAUUCCUCAAGGGAUCGCUCAUGCUGUGGACAGGGUGAUGUUUCCACUUCCGGUCGGUGAUUUGGUGCAGACGUUGCAAGCUGAUCGCGAAAGAAGGUUUACCACCUUCUUGAAAAUGCUUUACAUUUCCGGCCUUCAAGAUACUUUAUCAGGACCGAAGACAUUUACCAUCUUCGCUCCAACGGACUCAGCUUUCGAUGCAGCAACCUCGAAAGACGGAGGCCCGAUAUGGACGGAAGAAGACGGGCCGGAAGCGGCGAAGACGAUUAUUACGAGACACAUUUUACCAUCUACUCUAUACACAGCGGGAAUGAGGUAUUAUUUGCAGAAAGAUACUCUUCGUCCUCAAUCGCCCGUUCAUAUUCACAAAAAUGGAGGUCGAGUAAAGGUGAAUGAAGCAAACGUGGUAACACAUAAUAUUCCAGCAACAAAUGGAGUUCUACACGCGAUCGACGGCGUAUUAUAAGCGCGGAACCGCUUGACGCCGUGCUUCGAAAACUCGAAAACUAUCUUACAAUCAGUCGCAGACCAAUCGAAGUAUUUCUUCAGCUCUCUAUAUUAAUCUCCGACUUGAUUUAAUUUUUCGGUUCGCGCAUUUAUAUGCGAAAUGUUUGCAUUGAAUCUUCCACCCUGUUGCUCAUACAGUAAGGGAUAAAAAUAUUUAUAUCGCUGUACAAUAAAAAUAUAAAAGUAAAAGUACCGAUGUUUUUCAUAAGAAGAGAAAAAAGAGAUGAAGAAAAGUUUAUAUGUAUAGUUCCAAACCAUAAUGUCUAAGAACAGUUCGCAAGGUCAUUUUGGAGGUCACUAAUAUCUUGUACCUAUGGCAUUUUGGUCUCUUUGAAACAAUUACGUAAAUGUUACUGUUAAAGCACAAGAAAUCUUAAAAAUAAAAAUUUUACAUCUUUUUGAACACUCUGAUGACGGGGCUCGGGUCCAUUUACAGAUAUAUAAGUAUUGUUAUAUGGCUAUUUAGUUUCUGACAAUUAACUUAAGUUCUCACAUGUUUCAUAAGGGGUACCUUAAAAAAUAUGUUGACAAAAAUUGAUAAAUAAAAUUAUAAAUGAUCGUAACCAUACUCAGUUAUAGUUUUGUGGAAAAGGUAUUAACAGUAGACUAUUGUCAAUUUUCAGCUCAUUGUAUGUUCCUUUCUACUCGCUUCAAAGUUUAAACAUGAUUAACGAUUUAUUUAUUUAUAAAGGUUUAUGACUCCAUAUGUCGGCAAAAAGUCUAGGUCUAGAACAUACAAUGAUCUUAAAAACAAGUUUCUUAUGUCCGUAUUAUUGUAAAAAUUCUAAUAUUUUUAAAUGUACGAAUACUUCAUGUUCUACACUGUAGACAUCCGAACAUACUUGGUAUCUUGGACUUCACGAAUUGACCAAUUUGAUUAAAGGCCCUUAAUCAAGAUAUUUUUAACAUAGUAUUUUCAAGGUGUCACAUACAUAACAUGAAUAUAAAAUGGACUUAAUAUUGUACCAAUUUCGAUAGAAUGUAAAUAUUCUAUUUAGAAAUAAACGAAAUUAUAAAAUUAGCUGACAAACUUGUAAAAGAUAUGUUUAAGCUUACUCGAUCUAACAACUUUUGAUUUGCAAAAAGUAAAUAUAAUCUACAAAAGUAUUCAUUUUAGGAGCAAAACCCGUAUAGCAAUGCGGGAAAAUCAUGUCAGAGUGUGGAAACCAUGAAGUUACAUUUCUUGAAAAUUGAAGUGUCCGGAUAUUAUUGAGCAACAUGUAAACUAACAAUGUAGAUAAGAAACUUUGAUACUUAUGCAACAAACUAAAUAUAUGGAAAAAUAAAACAAAUAAAACAGCGGGCCUUCGAAAACGAUUAAAUGUAAACUUGUAAAUUAUAGUUUAAAAUUUCUUAGUAGUAAGUUAAGAUUAUUAUAAAUACAUAUUAGAAAAAUGAUGAAAUGUUAAGUUCUCAUUUUUCUUCAUAUUUAUAUCAAGAAUUUUAUUUUUGUAUGAAGCAAUACGAACACUAUGAUGUCGCGCUCUAAAUUAGUAUGAAAUUGGUAGGAAAAAUUCAAAUUAUUCGCUUUCCUUCGUAUUUAUAUUAUAACUGAAAAUUAUUUAGUACUUCAUAUAUAGAAGUUAUAGUUUUUCCAAAUGAUUCAUGUAUUCAUAAAUGAAAGAAGUUUCUACGACAAGUUCAAUAACUAACAAACUCGAUUUGCCAUAGAUGUAGCUAAAUUAAACGAGGAAAGGAUAAUGGGACAUUUUAUGUGGUGUUUAUAGUAAAAGUACUAUAGUUAGCCGAAGAAAAAAUCAUUUUCCAAGAAGAAUGUCUAAUACCACUUUCUCUUAUUAAGAAUAAACGACUGCUAUUAAGAGCAAGCUUUAUGAAACACCAAUUAAAAUUUCUUGUAAAACGAUUAUUAACUGGUAAAUAUUCUUUCUUCGGUUAAAUUGUAACUUGUGCAACGUAGAAGUAUACUCGUUUGUGUGCUUCCGACUACGCAAAUGCGAAAAAUGAAUUAUUAUUCUAUAGAGUAAUAAUGCAAUACCAUGAGUAGUAUUAUUGGAAUGUGUAUUAUUUUAUAAAUAAAUGUACAGAAUGUUUUUCAUAA